UCCGUUCAUUCAUGCUAAACAGCUGUCAUUGAUGCAAUCAAUAGAUUGCUAUCAGUAUUCGUACAAUAACAAAAUAAAGAGGAAAGUUAGAUUUAUUAAAAAAUUGUUGCCUUAUAAAUAGUCCACAUGGGUUAUCAUCUUAUAUUCUGUACAAAAUACGUGUAAUCGACCCUUAAUAUUGCUUAGGGCGCAGAGAUGUCGCCCCCUAAGCAACCAUGUAGUCUUUUUCAGUUGUGUGUUAAGAGUUCCAUCAGGCUUAUUAAUUCAGCUUGUUAUGUUAUUGAAAAGACGUAUCCCGAGAAUCACUUAAACGAAUGUGAGAGAGAGGCGUUUGAUUUAAAAUGCCAUUUGAUGACAAUGCUGCCAGCCAGGUUAUUUGAUGUCCUCUGUUCAGAAAGAACAUGCUGCCAGUACCGCGGCGACCCUCGCAUACAGCUACAAGUACUGAUGCACCCCAACAUCACUGUCUUCCGCAAAUGCGACCUUGAUAACGGCAUACCGCAAAGGUUCUGGCAGGGGACGCUCGCCACCUUCAGCCGCUUACGCGUUCUCGAUCUCAAAUUCAUUUGUACUGACGAAAUUCUCGCCGUCAUCGGUGACAGUUGCCCUCUACUUGAAGAAAUUAACAUCGUCUCUAGAGUAGAUAUUUGUAAAUCCCUUUUCAAUGCUUCCGUUCUAAUAAGAAAUGUCUCUGACGCAGGUUUGUGCUGUAUCACGAAUUUAAAACAUUUGAGGGUAUUGGCCAUGGACCCCCCGAGGAACGAGCGCGCGAACCGUAUCGGCCGCUGUGUCUCCCGAGCUGGUAUCAUCAUGUUGAUCAGGGAGCUACCGUACUUGGAAGAGCUGCGGAUCGAGUCCUGCGACAUCGGCUCCACGCUAAUAGGUAGCACUGUCGACGUAGGGCCCUUAAAUCUCAGGAAAAUGAUUUGCCAUUUUGCCUCAGCUGAUGGUGUUAGGAAAUUAAUAAAAAUUUGUCCAUGCCUAAAGGAAUUUUCCCUGACUCACAUAACUGAACACAACAAAGACGCAAUAUUAGAUCAGAUUUCGAUGAGCGAGUUACGAUUGCAUAAGUUGGAUUUGUCAUUCUUUUCCUUCACGGAUUCAAUGCAGCAGCUUUUGACCGUCAAAGGCAGUUAUCUCACACACUUCUCUUUGUGGGAAAUUGAUAACUCCUUAAAUUUAGACAAGGUUGUAUCUAUAGGCAAGUGUUGUCCAAACCUCACGUCGUUGUGUUUGAUGACUCAGUCGAAAUGUUUACACGUGCCGAGGUACUAUCGGCGGCCGGACAAAAUCUUCUCGGAACUCAGAAAUUUAAUACUAGGUAAUGAAAACUUUUGUAUUGAUCGUAUGCUCACAUUUUUCCUUGAGUGCACGAGUAAUUUGGAAAAGCUAGUUCUCAAAUAUCAAACUAAGACUAAUUUAGAUGAUACGUUAUUGCAUUUAUUAGAAAAAGGACAUUUGAAGAAUAUUGUUGAUUUGUGGUUGGAUUGCACAUUGGAGGUAUCCAAGAACGUAGUGAAACGGACGAUUCAAAUGUGCGACAGACUACAAUUGUUUACAGUUGACUUUGCAGAUACGACGACAGAGCUACUGCAGUACAUAACGGAAAACAAUUUGGAUUUGAAGCUAGGUAGCUAUUAGAAUUACUAUAAGGUUUUUAUUGUAAUUCAUUAUUAAUUAAUUAAUAAAUAUCUUCCUUUUUUUAACAA